GUACAGACUCUCUAAGUUGCAAUUUCAUUGUCAAGCAUCGAAACUCAUCUGGACAGUGCUCAGUGAAUGGAAAGUCUCUCUUUUAUUUUGAUGAUGAAAAACAGGAGGAAAAUGCCACUGAGGUGUGUGCUGAUUUGUACCAAAGCCUGAAAGACACUUUUGAUAAGAUCAUGAAACUGGAAUCAGGGCUAUUCAAGUCCAAGGGUAAUAAUCCCUUGCAGAUCAGAAUACAAUCUCAAUAUCAUCAAGGAGAAUUCACUGAUGGAUGCUGGGCCUUCUCUGUUGAUGAACAGUAUUCUUUCUACUUUUAUCCAAAAAACAUGACCUGGAGAGAGGGUCAUCCUGAUGCCAUC